AUGCGUUGCUGUGUGUGUUUAUUUCACCGCACUCUCCGGUGCCCUCAGUCCAAGAUGGCUGCGGGAGAGGGCGGUGGUAGAGCUCCAUGUCUCAGUUUUUCCAGUCCCGGGCCGUUAGGCAAUGUUCAUCCGAGCAACAGCGCUCAUUCCUCGGCUGCUAGCAACGGAGGGUCAGCAGAUGCGACUGUCGGGGCACAGGGGGCAGCGGGACAUUCUAACCCUCAGCUAGGCCCUGGCGGUAGCGGAGGCGCCGGUGUUGCAGCUGGGACUCAACCGAGUACACAAAACUCUACGCCGCAGACGGCUGCUGAAAGCGCCACGAAUGCAGGGAUGGCUGCGGGAGAGAUGACAACCUCUGCGACAAACAUGACAGGGACAACAACACCGACCGCAUCCCCAGCAGCUGCUCAUGGAACACCUUCCUCCUUACUGUCCGCCUCAGCACCCGCUUCUGUGUUGGUUUAUCGUGAGCCUGUAUAUAACUGGCAGGCAACUAAAAGCACUGUCAAGGAGAGAUUCGCCUUUCUGUUCAAUAACGAGGUGCUGAGCGACGUGCAUUUUUUGGUGGGAAAGGGAAUGGGAGUGCAGCGAAUACCAGCACACAGGUUUGUGCUUGCAGUAGGCAGUGCUGUGUUUGAUGCCAUGUUCAAUGGGGGUAUGGCCACCACCUCUACAGAGAUUGAAUUGCCUGACGUGGAGCCAGCAGCCUUCCUCGCCUUGCUCAAGUUCCUGUACUCUGACGAGGUGCAGAUCGGACCAGAGACAGUGAUGACCACACUGUACACAGCGAAGAAGUACGCAGUGCCUGCGCUGGAGGCCCACUGUGUGGAGUUCCUCAAGAAGAACCUACGCGCUGACAAUGCUUUCAUGCUGCUCACGCAGGCACGGCUGUUUGAUGAGCCGCAGCUGGCCAGUCUUUGCCUGGAGAACAUUGACAAGAACACUGCUGAUGCACUCGCUGCAGAGGGCUUCACUGACAUCGACCUGGACACGCUGGUGGCAGUGCUGGAGAGGGACACUCUGGGUGUUCGAGAGGUGCGUCUGUUCGGAGCAGCGGUGCGCUGGGCGGAGGCCGAGGCUCAGCGACAGCAGCUCCAGCCCACCCCGGAAAACAAGCGGCGAGUCCUGGGCAAGGCCCUGGCCCUCAUCCGUUUCCCGCUCAUGACCAUAGAGGAGUUUGCUGCAGGCCCAGCUCAGUCUGGGAUCCUGACAGAUCGUGAGGUGGUGAGCCUUUUCCUGCACUUCACUGUGAACCCCAAGCCCCGUGUGGAGUUCAUCGACCGCCCCCGCUGCUGUCUGCGGGGCAAGGAGUGCAGCAUCACUCGCUUUGGCCAGGUGGAGAGCCGCUGGGGCUACAGCGGGACCAGCGACCGGAUCCGGUUCUCUGUGAAUCGUAGGAUAUUUGUAGUAGGAUUUGGACUCUAUGGAUCAAUACAUGGUCCCACGGACUAUCAGGUCAACAUUCAGAUUAUUCAUACAGACAGCAAUACAGUCCUGGGUCAGAAUGACACUGGAUUCAGCUGUGAUGGGUCUGCCAACACAUUCCGGGUCAUGUUUAAAGAGCCAGUGGAGAUUCUUCCCAAUGUCAACUACACUGCCUGCGCCACUCUCAAGGGCCCAGACUCUCACUAUGGCACCAAGGGCAUGCGGAAAGUGACCCACGAGUCCCCCGCCACUGGCACCAAAACAUGCUUCACAUUCUGCUAUGCAGCAGGCAACAACAAUGGUACCUCAGUAGAAGAUGGACAGCUGCCAGAGGUAAUCUUUUACACAUAAUGACCUGACCUCUGGGGUUAACUCUGACAUGGUGGCUGUUAACAGUACCCCUGUAGGUCAUUAUAGUGCAGUGAUCCCCUGUCCCCUUAUACUCUCAUCAGCCCAGUGACCACCAAGGGAUUGACAUCUAUACAAUGCCAUUUGAACUGCAGGGUUGUGGUCCAUAACAUGCAACAACUGACUAACUGCUGACAGAGAGGUUACCCUUUGCAGAGAAGUCCUGUUGAUAGAGCAACAGGACUGAGGGCUGCCACUAAUUGAAUCGACAUACAUGCCUGUGUCUGGUUGACAGGAUCAUUUGCAUGAGAGGGAUCUCAAAUGUAUAUUGAGACACAAAACUUGCCUCGUCAGUCAAUUACAGAAUCUGUUGGUCAUCCAGCCAGGCUCCCUACCUCUCUGUCAGUCAUUGGUCACUUCUCCCAGUCCACAUUCUGCUGAUGGACAACGCCUGCCAAAAAGCCUUUCAUGGGACAUUCCAUUAACACCUCUUGUUGAGGGUGGAAUUCAGUUUUCACUUGAAGUGAGGGAAAAUGUGCACUGUAUGGUCACACUUCCUUACAUCUGUUAUUCAGAGUCAAACAAAACCACAAAGUGGGAGGGUAGUGCAUCCUGAGUAGAGCCCCUGUUCCUCUGGUACUGCAUAUAGUUUCUCUUAUUUGCCUGGUCAUCAUUCCCCUAUAAUCACCCUUUCAUUCAAAUAAUUGCCAAGUUGAAGAGUUGCACUAAUGCACUUUUGGACAGGACACUGACAAUCAACCAGUGAGGGCAAUUAGUUUUGAUGUCAUAUGUCAUGGUACUUUAUUUACUAGCAUGACUUCCUAUGACAGGAUGGUGUGCAUGUUGCUUGGAUGCCAGUCUACUAGCUAGCAGCCUUUUUUGGUCAAUAAACACAAAGCAAAUUGGAAUCAAGCCAUAAGCAAACCAUUUCCUAUUAAAUCAUUAAUGGGUCUAAGCAGCAGUGUGGAAAUUCAAUCAAGAGUCCCAUGGGCGGGAAAAAAACGACUCCUCCACUGAAAAAGUGCCCUUUAGCAGAAACAGUGGCACGGUCCAUACCUUCUGUCAUUCCAGCCAUCUUAUUACUUUGACCAUUCUAUUUAGUUUCCCUGGAUACCAGUUCAGAUUGUGUCUUGUAAUUAGCAUAUCUGGCAAAAUUGACUCUUAGUAGCCAACCACUGCUCCCACUCAGAAUCUUGGCAAACACUCACUGAUGAACUGUUUGAUUUUAGUCGUCUCCUCCUCUGCUCCUGUUAGACUGAAAGGCUAUUGUUAGCUAGUAGACUGGCAUCCAGCUCAGUGUGGACGAUGAUUAUUUUGCAAGUUAUACUUCAGUACAUUUGCAUUACAAGAUUCAUUUUCCUUUGGAUUUUGACAAACACUAUGGGAAAUAGGCAUAUAAUGGUAGCAAAAGAAAGUUCUUUAAGUGUGAAUCACACAUACACGGCACUGUAAGAUCUCAAGACAGGUGUUAGGACAAAAUAAUUACUGUUUAGAAAAAUGUAAUUAGUCCAGUUUAGAUGUGUGUAUGCAUGAACAGCACCAUUGCUCUUUCCAAUAGAAACGUGGAGAUUUUCCACACAGAAUACAACAAACCUCUUGGCAGCAUGUUGAUUCAUGUCAUAUAAAGGAACGUAGACAGUUCUAAUUUCCGUGACCUCUGCUGGAGUCCAGCUGUUCACCAUGUUUUGAAGGAUGAGAGAUGUAAAUCUUAUUGUUCUCAGAUUAUAUGGAAAAGUAACUUGAUUGGAAGAAACUGGAAAAUAAUCAGCACUGACAUUCUUCUGAAAUCACAGUGAAUAGUGGUAAGUCUUUGGGAAAUAUGCAGCUUUUAAAGACAAAGAGCUGGAAUGUAACAUCGCAAAUCCAUGUUGAAUGUAAAACUAGUUCAGUACUGAAAGUUGUUUUGCAAAUGCUUUACACUAUGUGCGCUUAAAAUAGAAAACCUGUAAAUAUUCAUUGCAAACAUUAAAAACCUUUAGGUGUCAUCUUUGUGUGCGUUUGUGUU